CGUCCGAUUCCGUAAUCGUUGCCGCCUUUAAAUCAACAACGCUGUCAUCCUGGGGAACGCCAGGGGGUUUCAAGCUCCUACUUUACAGUGUUUUUAUCCUUCGCAGGGCGCAGAAGUUGCUUCCCCCUGCAGGCGACUUUAUAUCCUUUGGAAUUCUAUUUUUUUCCCGACACGAGAUCGAAGGAAUACAUACGGGGGCAGUAGUGUUGUAGCUGCCCCUAUCCCAGUAACAACAACAACAACAGCUGAUUCGUCUCAAGACCAGUAUCAAGAAGAAGACCAGGAUAAACACCUGCCAAUAAUAUAAAAAAGACUCAACAGAAUAGCUAUGACAUUAGCAUUGCCACCAGUUGUUACAGGCAUCUCCCCCAUAGAAGGUGUUCCUGGUACCAAAGUGACAAUCCGUGGUGAAAAUUUUGGAAACCGCCCAGAAGAUCUGAUAGGUUUGACAAUAUGUGGCGUAGACUGCCUCAUGACAGCAGAAUGGAAGACGAGCAACAAGAUCAUAGCAAGGAGUGGGGCUGGCAAUGGGAAAGGUGACAUUAUUGUUACUACACUACAAGGUUCCCGAGGAACUUCAACUGUCCAGUUUAAAGGGUACCAGGAGACCAUGGGGCCACUAAAGGAGUCAGCUGUUUGGGUGGAUGAGACUAUUUUCCUCAAUAUGGCCUUUGGGAGGAAGCGGCCGAUGUCACCAGCUUCUGCCCUGCAAGAUGACCCACUUGGACUCUCGGUAGAAGGAAAUGACUUAAAGGUUCUUGAUGAGGAUCUGGAAGAGAUGUUCCCAGGAUGUUCUGGUGAUCUGACCUCCACCAAAUUUAGUCCAGAAUGGUUUUUGCUUGAGAACCAUCUUUCUACAUCAUUUGAAGAUUUGCGUGCUGGGCUGGCUUGUCUGCGACGCAAGGUUGAAGCUCAAAAAGAAGGGCAAAUAUCCUUUCUGAAGGCUAAUGUUGGAUCAGUGAUUGAACAAUUAGACACCCUGCAAGAACUCAAAUGCAAGUUUGAGAGUGACAUUCAAGAAUAUGGCCGGAAUUCUACCCAAGUGCUGGAAAAAUCCAUCAUUGAAUGUAAGGAGGAAGCAGAUAAGCUUUUUGAAGAUGUACUUCAACGCAAGGAUCGAGCAGAUGGGACAAGAAAUGCUCUGAAUGUUUUACAUCGUUUCCGUUUCCUCUUGUAUCUACCGGUAAACAUAGAGCGGCAUAUACAGAAAGGCGAUUAUGAUGUGGUUAUAAAUGAUUAUGCUCGAGCCAAGAGUCUCUUUGGUGAUACACAAGUUCCACUUUUCCGUCGAUUCUACAGUGAAGUGGAAAAGCGUAUUGAUGACUUGAGAAGUGUACUUGGUGAACAGCUGACCCAAAUGCCUUCAUCCCUUGAGCACCAAAAGAAAAUAAUAAGAAAUCUUCAUCAUUUGGAGACUCCUGGUGACCCAGCUUGGCAGUGCCUCUCUGCACAGCAUGAGUACAUUCUUCAUCUUCUCAUGUCUGUCCGUGAUACUCAUCUCAAUCGGGAGAUGGCAGAUCAUGACCUGGGCUCUGGGGGAGGAAAGAUGAAUACUGGAGCAACAGGUGGUGCCAGACAUUCUACACCAGCAGCCAAAUAUAACAAGAUUAUGAUGUCAUCUGUUGGAGAGUGGCAGGCUUCAGCCCCUGUUCGUGUCCUAAUGGUGGAGGAAAUAUGUGAAGUGUUGUCAACCAACUUUCCAGACAUGUGGAAGCUUAGUCAAGCAUACUUUGGUGGUGAGCUUCUACCUCCAACUGCUCAAGUAGACCACUUCAAACAUCCCAGGUGCAAGGAAAUGAUUCUUGAGCUGCUACAUGUAUUUAGUGGGUUGAUGAGAGGAGCAAUAAUGCCUCUUUCUCUACACCCAGAUGGACAAAACUUCAGAGAUUAUCAUGUCUGGCCUGAAGUUUCAUUAGACCAAAUUUCUCCUUGGCUUCCACAGGGUUCAUUGUCUGACCUCCUUAUUUCAACAAACAGUGGAGCAUGUGCGAGGUCUGCACACCCGUGAGAAGUGGCAGCUAGAGGUGGAUGAUGAUAAUGGAGGCUGCACUCAGUUGCCACAUUUAUGUGAAAAUGUAAUCGUGGAGUGUGCACAACUGGUACGAGAGACUGUUCUAGAAGCCACUUACCGUGAGACUCCGCUGGUGGACCAUCCAACAGUUCGAAGAGAUAUCAUGACGCUUAUUCACAAUGUGAUUGUUGCCUUUGCUCAGUCACUCGAGAAACUAAGCCUUCGUGACCCAGAUGAAGAUUGUAGUGACUGCCACAUAAGCGAAAAUGCUCCAGGUAUUGAAGCUCAGUUACUAAUUACACUCAGUAACUGUGCUUUCAUGCGGCGUAGUAUACUUCCCAGACUGUCAGAUUCUCUGAUCAGAGCUUCAUACCCACAGGACGAGGUCAAAGAUGCUGUAGAACAAGCAAGCCGUACUUACACAGAGCUACAGGACAGACUUUUUGAAGCCUAUCUGGAGGAGAGAGUUGACCCCAUCAUUGGUAUGAUAGAGAGGUCUAUGUAUCUUGGCCAUUAUGACUGGGGAAAAGUUGACCAUCCUCCCUCAGAUGUUCGUACAUACGUUAAGGAGAUUCUCAUCAAUAUAACGCAUGUUCAUGCUGAGGUUGUAGGUGUGUGGCCUGGCCUGGUUGGAGGACUAGUUGGCCGAGUGGUGGAAGGUGUGGGAGAAGAGAUGUCUCGUCUGAUGGCCUGUGUUGGUACCUGGUCCAAAUAUGGAGCUCUCCAAGCACAUAUUGAUCUAGCUGCUCUCACAGCAGUACUAAGCAGCCACAUAUCUUCAAGUGCAAGGGCAUCUUUUCAAGAAGCUAUAGAAAUGCUCCCUAAACUGUCAGUUCCAGAAGAAAGAGUAAAGGAAGAAGUCCUUCAAGGAUUUCGGACCAAAAUGCGGUUCUUAUUGGCCUGUUUCCUGGAGUUGGAGCCAUUACGAGACAAUACCACGACGCAUUCCUUAGCAUAGUGAUGGAAUAUUUAUAAUUAGUACGUACUGUAUUGAUGUUAGGUACAAGAUGUACUUGGGUCACAAUAAAUACAUUUAAUUGACAUUAAAUUAUGCUGAUAAUCAUGAUGACAUAGUAAGGGCAUGGGUUUUUUGUCAUGUAUGAGCAUGAGUAUUUCAUGCAGGGGCACAAGUAUCAAAACUCAUCCUUACUAAAUGUUCUGAAUAUAUAAUUAUGGAAUCUCUAUGAAAAUAGAGAGAGUUCCUCAGAGGCACUGCAUACAUCACAUUACUGUAGUUUAUAUUAUAAAUAUUCACCCCAAAGAAAUACCUUAACAGGAAACUCAUCCUUUUCACUAUUAGAGGCACGUCUAGUUAAUGUAUACAGAAUACAGUUUUAAAUAAUAGUUUAUAGUUUAA